AUGUCACUUAUCUCGCUGUGUAUUCUGGCGUCGAAAGAAGGAGAGAUUAGUAUUGCGCACAUUCUAUAUGAUACAAGCAAGUUUUCAUUUAUCGGAAUAGAGACUAUCAAAGAGUUUAUAUCGUUUGGGUUUAUUGAAGUAGCUACACGGAGUGAAAUAGAUAAACGGAUGGUUCUUUCAACAUCAGAAUAUGGAGGGAUAUUAUUUAAUGUUUUAUUACGAGGGGAUGGUAUAGGAGUUGGUGUAUUAACCAAUCAAACAUAUCCGAAGAACACAAUUACUUACAUCAUACACAGAAGCUUUGAGGUGUUUUAUGAACGUGGUGAAUGGAACGAGUUAACACAGUCUUUUAAUGUCGAAGGGACUAUUCAACAAUGUAAAACGGAAUUGAAAUAUCUCUUUGAACACUUCGGAAGAGAGCGGAACAUGGAAUUGUCAAAGGAAGAAAUGAUCAAAAAUGAACUUGAUGAGAUCAACGAGAAGAUGGGCUGUUUAAUCACUAAAUUGGUCUCUAGAGAAGAAGACUUGGCUGAUGUGGUCACAAAGUCGGAAGUCCUUUCUGAAAGAUCUAAAAAGUUAUACAAAAGAACCAAAAAGGCUAAAAGAUGUCAUGUGCCUUGCGUGAUUUUGUGA